CGGCAUCGCCCGCCGCCGCCAUGGGACGGAGUUUCUCCUUUUUCCUGCUCCUCCUCUUGCACCCGGGGCCGGGAGCCGCCGUCUCGCUCCUGCGGUACCGCUACGACUGCGGGGACUACGGCAUGCAGCUGCUGGCCUACCCCUCCCGCGGCCGCACCGUCCGCUUCAAAGUCAUGGAUGAGUUCGGCACCCACUUUGACGUGGCCAACUGCUCCAUCUGCCUCCACUGGCUCAACACCGGGGCGGACGGCGCCGUCAUCUUCUCCUCCGGCUACGAGGGCUGCCAUGUCCUGGUCAAGGAGGACCGCUACGUCCUGAGGGUGCAGCUGGAGGAGCUGCUGCUCAACGGGGUCCUGGCUGCCUCCUACCAAGUCAACAUGACCUGCCCGCAGCUGAGGGACUACGAGAUCCUCACGGGUGGCAACGUGGGCACCGAGCAGCGAGACGGCCGGGGCAACAGCGUCCACCAAAGCCAGGCCGAUGUCCUUAUCCCCAAGGCCCAGCCUGGUGGCCCGCAGCAAGUGUCCCAGUCCGCCCUCACCGUCCCGGCACCCCAAGUCCCCUCGGAGCAGGUUCACCCCGUGGCUCAGACCCAGCCCGUCCUGGUGCACCCCGGGCUGCAGCCCCAGCCCAGCGGGGUUCGUCCAGGGCUUCAGCCCCAGCCUGGCCACGUUCUCCAGGGCCUUCAGCCCCAGCCAGGCAUGGUUCAUCCCGGCACCCAACCCCAGAGGGGUUUAAUACGCCCAGGGAUGCAGCCCCCAGCCCAGCCUGGGCUCCUUCACCCAGGGCUUCAGACUCAAAACCAGCCUGGGUUGGUGCAUCCUGGGGCUCAAAACCAACCGGGUCAUCUUCUACCAGGGGUUCAGACCCAAAACCAGCCUGGGUCGGUGCAUCCUGGGGCUCAAAACCAACCAGGGCUCCAUCGCCUCGGGGUUCAGACCCAAAACCAGCCUGGGCUCCUUCACCCGGGGCUUCAGACCCCAAACCAGCCCAGGCUGGUGCAUCCUGGGGCUCAAAACCAACCAGGUCAUCUUCUACCAGGGGUUCAGACCCAAAACCAGCCUGGGUUGGUGCAUCCUGGAGCUCAAAACCAACCAGGGCUCCAUCGCCUGGGGGUUCAGACCGCAAACCAGCCUGGGUUGUUGCACCCUGGAGCUCAAAACCAACCAGGUCUUCUUCAUCCAGGGCUCCAGCCCCAAAACCAUCCUGGGUUGAUCCACCCUGGAGCUCAAAACCAACCAGGUCGUCUUCUACCAGGGGGUCAUACCCCAAACCGGCCCGGGUUGGUGCACCCUGGAGCUCAAAACCAACCAGGUCUUCUUCAUCCAGGGCUCCAGCCCCAAAACCAGCCCGGGCUGACGCACGCUGGUGCCCAGACUCAAGCAGGCUUCGUACGCUCUGGAGCUCACCCCCAAAACCAGCCGGGUUUAACUCGCCCCAGCCACCAGACACAUUCCCAAACUGGUCUCCUCCGCCCCGGGCUCCAGAGUCAAACUGGGCUGCCUCGCGCCGGUUCCCAGUCCCAAUCCGGCUUGGUGGGCCCAGCUCUCCAGAGCCAAACCGGACUGGUCCAUGCCAACCAUCCCCGGCCGGGUUUAGCGCAUCCGGGACUCCAGUCUCGCCCGGGUUUGGUACGUCCAGGACUUCAGGCUCAGCUCCAACCCAGUUUGGUGCGUCCGGGACUGCAGCCCCAAGCCCAGCCCGGCUUGUUGCGUCCCGGGCUUCAAUCCCAGGCCAGUCUGCUGCAAUCCACGGCUCUUUUCUACCCCUCGCCAGGGGCAGGCACCCAGCUGACGCGGGAGCAGUGCCAGGUGACGGUGGGGAGGAUGCCCUGCUUGGCCCCCCAGGGCCGGGAGGGCUGCCUGCAGGCGGGCUGCUGCUACGAUGACAUGGACCGCGCGGCGCCCUGCUAUUACGGCAACACGGCCACCGUGCGGUGCCUGCUGGACGGGCACUUCGUCCUGGUGGUGCCGCGGGGACUCGCCACCCAACCCUACAACCUGGACAGCGUGCGCCUGGCCAGCGGUCAGCCGGGCUGCGAGCCCCUCAGGGUGACCGAGACCUUCGUCAUGUUCCGCUUCCCCGUCACCCAAUGCGGCACCACCGUCCAGGUGAUCGAGGACCAGCUGAUCUAUGAGAACCAGCUGAUCUCCACCAUCGACGUCCAGGGCUCCCCCCGCGGCUCCAUCACACGCGACAGCAUCUACAUCCUCCAAGCUCGCUGCGUCUACAACGCCAGCGACCUCCUGCCGCUCCGCAUGGAGGUGGCUGUGCCCCCCACGGCCACCCCCGUGGCCAUGGCGGGGCCGCUCGGGCUCCAGCUGCGCAUCGCCACCGACGAGAGCUACAGCUCCUACCACCCCGAUGGCGACUACCCCUUGGUGAGGGUGCUCCGGGACCCCAUCUACGUGGAGGUUCGCCUCCUGCAGAAGACGGACCCCAACCUGGUGCUGGUCCUGCACCACUGCUGGGCGGCCCCCAGCCCCGACGCCGCGGCCGAGCCCCAGUGGCCCAUCCUGGUGGACGGCUGCCCCUACGCCGGGGACAACUACAGGACCCAACUUGUCCCCGUGGGACCGGCCUCGCCGCAGCUGCCCUUCCCGAGCCACUACCAGCGCUUCGUCAUCUCCACCUUCACCUUCGUGGAGCCCCCAACCAUGGCGGUGCUGGAGGGAGAGGUGUACAUCUCAUGCAGUGCCUCGGUGUGCCACCUGGCGCAGCCCGAGCCCUGCCGUCCCUCCUGCCAGCUGGGAGUGCCCUCACGUGCCCGUCGGUCUCUGGGGGACAGGAGGAGAGCUGAAGCCGUGGGCACAGUGACCUCCCAGGGACGCAUCGCCUUGCCGAAGGUCCCCAAGCUGCGGCGAGGCUGAGCCCGAAGGCGCCGGGUGAGCGCCCCUCCGAAUUCCUAAAUUUCGCCUUCAUCCCAGCUCUAACUAAACUCUCCUCUUCCUCAUCUUCCUCCCACGCGCAGCUCCUGCCUCCAGCCUGACAUCUCGGGGCAAGCUGGCAAAAUAAAUCCACGCUGGAAAAACAAACCCAGAGGCGGCGGGGGUGGUUUGUCCGCGGGGGACGGGAGGAAAGAGGAGGGUUCCCUGGCCCAGAGCUGGUGGCCCCGGCUCUGUCACAGCCUCCUCUCCUCUGUGCUACACCUUCCCAGGAGCCUUCCUUACUCCCGGGACACCAGGGGCUGGCACGCGCCGCCAGGGUGAAUAGUUCUUUAUUUCCAUAACGAAACUAGACCACUGCUUACAAAACCUGCGCAGCCCUGCCCUCCCCCUUCCCUCCCCCCCCCCUCCCUCCCUUCCUUCCACACAUCCAUCCCCGCCGCAAUCCCGGCGGCCGCAAGCAUCCACCAAGCGUGCCGGGGUUGGGGGGGGGGGUGGGAGCCUUUUGUUGCAUCAAAUUACAAGCACAAAACAGAAUCUAAAGCCAGAAAG